AAAAAAAAGAGUCUGUGUCACAACAGUCAGCUUUACUCUUUACCAAUAUUCAGAGGAUUCCUCAAGCUUUUUUAUCAGACUUCUCUGGUCUGACCAUCUUUUAAUAGCAAGAUGAACGUAGCUGAGAAAAUCAGCAUUUUUGUCUUUCUCUUACAAGGUGUUCAUUGUAGAGAGUUCAGCAUCAGUCUGCCAGAGAAGAUCGAAGCUCUCAGUGGAUCCUGUGUGAUCAUAAAGUGCAGAUUUGAGAUUAAGGAAAACUAUGACAAAGAACUCACUGAGAGUGCUGCUACAGGACUGUGGCUCAAAGAUGGGAUUAAUGUGAACCACAACGUAGUGUUUAACUCCAAAAACCCUGCACCUAAUCACUUUGAAUGUGAAAUAAUUGGAAAACUACAUGAGAAAAACUGUACCACAAUUUUUUGCAAUAUUAAUUCAAAUCAUAAUGGUAAUUAUUACUUCAGGAUUGAGGGUGAAGGUGGACUGAAAUGGACAUAUACUACAACACUAGUUUCAAUAGGUGUGAUUGAUUCUCCACCGAAACCCACAGUGCAGCUGUAUGUGGAUCAGAAGGAGGUGCAGGAUCAGGAGGAGGUGUUGGAGGUGUUGGAGGGGAGCUCUGUGAGUCUGCGCUGCUCUGCUGAGACUCUCUGCUCCUCUUCUCCACCAACUCUCACAUGGAGCUCCACUCCCAGAAUCCCCCUCAGUGAGAGCAGCAGACGAGAGGAGCUCAUCUCUGAUCUGAACUUCAAUGCUACUCACCGUCAGCACAGAGUCACUUUCACCUGCACUAUAACCUACCAGCUACAGGACCAGAACAAAACAGCACAGGACAACAUCACAGUACAUGUUCAGUAUUCGCCUAAAAAUACAUCAGCUUCAGUGAAUACCUCCAGCUCUGUGUUGGAGGGCAGUUCAGUGACUCUGACCUGCAGCAGUGAAGCAAACCCAGCAGUGAACUACACCUGGUCCAGAGAGAGUGAAGGACAGAUGGAGCAGCUGAAGACUGGAGACACUCUUACCUUCGAUAAGAUCGAGCUGAAACACAGAGGCUUGUACUACUGUACAGCGCAGAACCAAUAUGGCACCCAAAACUCAUCAGUGAUGCUGGAUAUUCAGUAUGCUCCUCAGAUCUCCACAUCCUCCAGCUGUAGCAGGACUGAUGUAAUGGUGUGUUUCUGUGAGGCUGAUGGGAAUCCCUCUCCUGAACUGGAGUGGCAUCUGUCUGGACGUCCUGUCACUAACUCUUCAAACACGUUCAUCAGUGAAGAGCGAUUGAGCAGCACAGGCUUGAGGAGCUCCAUCUCUCUUCACCAGUAUCUCACAAACACAUCCACUCUGCAGUGUGUCAGCAACAACACUCAUGGCAAUGACGAACAACUGUUUCAUCUGGUUUUCAUCACUCAAAACGCUCCAUGCAAAUAUAAAUGGUUUAACAUUAACUCCCUCCUGAUUGGAGUCGCAGCUGGAACUUCAUUUAUGGCAAUCUUAUGGGUCACAACACGGCUGUACAAAUGUAUCUUCAGGACUCAGAGUGGAGAUAAAGCUGGACUGAUUCAGACUGAUGGGGCUGAUUCGGUGGACAUCAGGGGAGAACCUUUUUAUGUUAAUAAAGUUAUGAUGUCAUCAGCUGAAGCCCCCAUACUAAAUCACCCAGAACCCUUACAUUAUUCAACAAUUAACUUUACAAACACCGAUCCAGAGUCAAACAACAUCCGAGGCAUCUCAUCGCUUACUACUGAAUAUGCUGUGGUCCGAUACUUUGGUCAAAACAUAGAAGAUAGCGAGGCAAAGAUCAGAACGUUUCCCUCAAUACCACACGGGGAAGCCAUCUAUCAGGUUCCUCACAAAGCAGCAGCCAAAGCAAAACUAGUGCAGACAUGAACAUAAAGCAAGGUGCAUCAACGAAUGCAUGCAAUAUUUCUACAAACAUGUCAUAUUUAAUUAAUUCAAAUAUGGAUUUAAAGCUUACUAUACUAUGUCAUUUCUGUUAUUGUAUUAGAUAACAAACCAAAAUGUAUUUUUUAAUGAAUGCUACUAUUAUUAUUUUGCUAUGUUAUUCAAUCAAUAUUUAAUCUGUGGGGCACUGCAUGUGCAAUAGUUGUUGUUGUUAAUAGGCCUACUGCUUGCUGAAUAGUCAUUAUGAAGUGUUUAUGAAGUUGUCUCAUCAGAAAAACAUCCAUGUUUACAUAAGUGCAUUCAUGUAUGCAACAUAAAAAAUAAUAUAUCACUAUUGAAUCAUAUACCUACCUACUACACCUAUAUGAUGAUGUCAGUGUUACUUUUAGUAAAUGAAGUGAAUUCAGUUGCACCAGUGCUUAAUGCCACACCUGUUUUGCAUUAAAAUAUAUAUUGGUUUUCUUUGCAAAUCAUUUGUCUUGGCAAAUUUACAUGACAUGAGUGAUAAUGCACUAUAUUUGAACUUUGACCAAGCUCUGCAUAUAUGCAGCCUAACCCCUAAUUUAUACUUAACUUAUGAGGACAUAACCCAUGUCCCCAUUUUUCAAAACGCGUAUAAAUCAUAUAGAAUUAGCUUUUUGAGAACGUAAAAAUGCACAAAGUUUCUUGUGAGGGUUAGGGUUAGGUGUAGGG